AUGAAAGCAGUUAUACAGAGGGUAAAAGGGGUAGUGUUAAGUGUAAAGGAAGAAUCAGGUCAACAACAUGAGAAUGAGCUGCAAAUAUUUAGCAAAAUCAAUGAAGGACUUGUAUGUUUUAUAGGUAUUCAUAAAGAUGAUACAUGGAAUGAUGCAUUGUACAUAAUACGUAAAUGCUUAAAUCUACGACUAUGGUCUAAUCAAAAUAAAAAAUGGGAUAAAUCUGUAAAAGAUUUAAACUAUGAAUUGUUAGUUGUAUCACAGUUUACUCUUUUUGCUAAUACGAAGAAAGGUAAUAAACCUGAUUUUCAUUUAGCUAAAGAACCGAAUGAAGCUCAUACCUUAUAUAAUAAAAUGAUUGAACAAUUUAUAAAAGAAUAUAAAAAGGAGAAAAUAAAAACAGGAAAAUUUGGUCAUUAUAUGAAUAUUGAUAUAACAAAUGAUGGACCCGUCACAAUUUUAAUUGACAGUCAUGAUGUCAAUUUGGAAAACUAG